GAUUAUCAAAAAGAUUAUAUGUUAAAACAUGAAGUUGUGUCAAAACUUGAGGAGUUAGGAUGGAUAGAAUAUCAGACUCCAGUAUAUAGCCCAUAUAAUUCUCAACUUUCAAUUGAAAUAAAUUCUAUUGAAAUGCAAAUAGAUUAUAUUCGAUUUGGAAGCAAUGCAAACACAAUAACUUAUAUUCCCGACAUGAGUUUAAUGAGUUAUUUGUUGCCAGAUUAUCACCAACUUUUCUCAAAUGUUCCAGAAACUUUCAAAGACAAGUAUUUUCCAAGAAAAGAAAUGGAAAAUUUACUUGAUCUAAAAGAUAUCCUUGACAACUUAUAAUUAUUUACUUUUCCUAUUAUU